CCUGGGGCCGGCAGGAUCGCGGCGGGCGGCCGGGCCUUUUCCCGUGGGUCGCGGCGGCGCCGCCGAGCUCCGCGGGCCGGCGGUCGGGUCUGGGGCGCCGGAGGCCUCCCCGGAGCGUGCGGGAGAGCGCCCAGAGGUGGUGGGUGGCGCGGGGUCCCUCGCGCGCCCUAGUUCCCGGCGACGCCCGCGUGCGCGCCGCGCCCUGAGCGCCCCCGCUCCAGCUGGGGCCCCGGAGAGCUAGCGGUGCCUCGGCGGGUGGCCGCCCGGGGUCUCCGCCCUGACCGCCCUGCAGGGCCUCAGGAGGCAGGCGCCACAACCGGGGAGCCGGAGAGUGGCAGUGCCCCUGCCCUGGACUCCGAAGGGGGGAAGCAGCGGGCAGGACCGGCAGAGGCCCGAGGUGACUCCGUGAGUGCCGCCCUGACCUUCUGGGCCGGACCGGACUGGCGGGAARCCCUCCCGCUUUCCUUCCAGGCGGUGGGUCCUGGUGAGGCUCCUGACACGGCAGCCUUGGCUCGGGCUCCAAGACAGCAUGAGUUUCUGGCCAAGUUGCUGCAGGCGCACUUGUGUGGGGGCCAUGAUCCCUGUGAGGCUGUUCUCAGCAAGCUCUCAGACCCUGUUGGAGGGCCUGGCACAGUGGACCCCAUCUGCACAGGCCAGCCUCAGGCCCUGCCGGCUCCUUCCACAGCAGGCUUCACCCAGGAUGCUGUCAGUGGGCUGCGUGGACCACGCCAAGCGUCAGGAGACCCCUGGAAAGAAGCCACUCUCUGAGAAAAAACUGAAGAGGUAUUUUGUGGACCAUCGGAGAGUGCUUGUUCGAGGAGGAAAUGGAGGCUCUGGCGUGAGCUGCUUCCACAGCGAGCCCCGCAAGGAAUUCGGGGGCCCUGAUGGUGGAGAUGGUGGCAACGGUGGCCAUGUCAUCCUGAGAGCUGACCAGCAAGUCAAGUCGCUGUCGUCGGUCCUAUCCCAGUAUCAGGGUUUCAGUGGAGAAGAUGGUGGCAGGAAGAACUGCUUUGGCCGGAGUGGCGCCAUGCUCUUCGUGCGGGUUCCCGUGGGCACCUUGGUGAAGGAAGGCAGUGAGGUYGUGGCCGACUUGUCCCAGCGGGGCCAGGAGUACAUCGCUGCACUGGGCGGGGCAGGCGGGAAAGGCAACCGCUUCUUCCUGGCCAAUGACAACCGAGCCCCUGUGACUUGUACCCCUGGAGAGCCGGGUCAGGAACGCGUUCUCCACCUGGAGCUCAAGACGGUGGCCCAUGCUGGGAUGGUCGGCUUUCCCAAUGCUGGGAAGUCCUCGCUCCUCCGGGCCAUUUCAAAUGCAAAACCUGCUGUGGCUUCCUACCCGUUCACCACCUUGAAGCCCCACGUGGGGAUUGUUCACUAUGAAGGUCACCAACAGGUAGCAGUGGCAGACAUCCCGGGCAUCAUCCGAGGCGCCCACCAGGACAAGGGUCUGGGACUCAGCUUCCUCAGGCACAUUGAGCGCUGCCGCUUCCUCUUGUUCAUAGUGGACCUUUCCCUACCAGAGCCAUGGACUCAAGUGGAGGAUUUAAAGUACGAACUGGAAAAGUACCAAGAAGGCCUAUCUGAGAGGCCCCAUGUGGUUGUUGCAAACAAGAUUGAUCUCCCCCAGGCCAGAGCCCAUCUGCCCCAGCUCCAGGACCACGUGGGACAGGUCAUCGCCCUGUCGGCAGUGACUGGGGAGAACCUGGAACAGCUGCUGCUGCACCUGCAGGUGCUACACAGGGCCUACGUGGAGGCUGAGCUAAAGCGAGGCAGCCAGCCUCUCAGGUGGUAGCAGUACACAGUGGCACCUGUGUCCCAGGGCAGGGUACUGCACAGGCAGUGGACACAGGGGCCUCCUGAUUAUAAAAUGUGGGUGGUUUUGAACACAUUAGAGAAAGUGCUUGUAAAUA